AUGUCACGUCUCUCAAGCAAACAUCGUGCUGUUGGUGUCCAACCAGAACUAUAUCCAAUCUUGGGCAAGCAUUUAUUACAAGCUAUCAAAGAACAUUUAGGCAGCAAAGCGACACCUGAAGUAAUGUCUGCAUGGGAAGCUGUUUAUAAUGUUAUAUCAUCAACCUUCAUCAAACGAGAGAAGGAAUUGUACGAUCAACUUGGCAACGAUAAAGGUUUCGUUCCAUUCAAUGUUGCCAAGAAAGAAAACAUUGCAAGUGGACCGACAUGUCUUUUCACCUUACAACGUCAAGAUGGUGGACAUCCCUGGGCUUUAAAUGCUGGACAAUAUAUAACAGUGCGCAUUGAAAAAGGUGGUGUACUCCAUCAUGGUCACUAUACUCCCAUUGAUCCAUCGAAUAACAAUACUUAUACAAUUGCUUGUCGGGAAGGACAUGUUGAUCAGAAUACAAUUGUCUCUGAAGAAUUGAUUCGCAAUCGCAAUGUUGGUAGCACCGUUUUAGUUUCAGGUCCAGCUGGCAGUUUUGGACUCGUCAAUGAUGCAAAACAUCAUUUAUUCAUUGCUGGUGGUAUUGGUAUUGCUUCACUCAUGGGAAUGAUCAAUGAAGUGAAUAAACAAGGAAAAACCUCUUCGGUAAGUGUUAUUCAAUGUGUACAAAGUGAAGAUCGUGCUGCGUUUGCUGACAAAUUGCGUAAUAUGCUUCCAAAAGAACAAUAUGUUAUGUUGACAAAAGAUCAUCCAAUAUCAAAGAGCCAUCUUGAAGGCAAGUUGCAAUCAGACACACAUGUCUACAUAUCCGGCUCAGAAACAUUUUUAGCUGCAGUAGAAAAUGUUCUUAGCCAAACUGGUCAUCCAAGAUCUCACAUUCAUAUUAAAUCAAUCGAACCAACACUUGGUUUAUUAAAAGCUAUUGAUCGAAAAUAA